UGUGAGUCAGGGCUUUGCCGGGCACGGGCGGCAGCCGGGGCCGGAGCGGACGGGCAGCCUCCGCCGCGGGGCUCCAUGGAGAAAGCGGCGGGCGAAGGCGGCGGCAGCAACAGCAGCAGCCGCAGCAGCAGCCGCCCCACGUCGGCGGGCUCGUCCCCCUCGUCCUCCUCCGCCAGCCGCGGGCUCCCGGGCCGGGCGGCGGCCGCGGGCAGGCUGGAUGGAGGCGGGGGCGGCGGCAGCAGCAGCCCCGGCUCGGCGGCGGCCAGCCCGGGGGGCGCGCAGGCGCCCGGCGGCGGCAGGCGGCGGGAGUCGGUGCUGGAAGGGACGCUCAGCAAAUACACCAACCUCCUGCAGGGCUGGCAGAGCAGGUACUUUGUGCUGGACUUUGAGACGGGGAUUCUGCAGUAUUUUAUGAAUGAACAAACUAAAAACCAGAGCCCAAAGCCACGAGGAGCCUUGUCUUUAGCUGGAGCUAUAAUAUCGCCCAGUGAUGAAGUGCCACACAUGUUGGUGGUCUACUCUGCAAAUGGAGAGAUGUACAAGUUAAGAGCUGCUGAUGCAAAGGAGAAGCAGUACUGGAUAACUCAGCUUCGAUCCUGUGCCAAAUAUCACAAGGAAAAUGAUUCUAAGAGCAUCUCAUCCUCACGAAGUAGAAGCUCAUCUUUGCUGCCGCCUGGCACAGCUAAUUCUGCAUCUCCCAGUGGCCAGAAAUACACGAAUCCAAGUGGGCCAACUGUUGUCACCAUCACACAUCACAAAUCACCUGCAGCUGCUCGAAGAGCGAAGAGCCAGCGAUCUGGUCAGCUCCAUGAAGUCCGAGAGAUCAUGAGUCAAGCUGAAGGACAACAGAAGAAUCUUGUACAAGCCAUUGAAUCUCUCCCAAAUUCUGGGCCUCUUACUGCCUUGGAUCAGGACUUGCUACUUUUAAAAGCUACCUCUGCUGCCACCCUGAGCUGCCUUGGAGAAUGCCUGAGUCUGCUACAGCAAAGCAUGCAUCAAGUGGGCCAACAGCAUAACAGGACACUGUCAUCAGAUGGUAUCCUGGGAUGGCCUGGGCCCAAGUCACACUCCACAGAGGAGCUGAAAAACGGUGCCCUCAGCUCCUUAUCAUCUGCUAGUGCCAACAUUACGUGGGCAAGUACCAUAGUACCAUCUGCAGCCCAGGAUGCACAGGCACUACAGCCAAACACUGAGCAUUCAGCUUCUGAGUUGAUCCUAGUUGAAGAUGAAAUGACAGAUACUGAAGAUAAUGAAGAGGAGGAUUUAGGAGUCAUGGAUGAUCAACGCAGUGUAAUUCUCCAUCUCAUCUCUCAGCUCAAACUUGGCAUGGACCUUACCAGGGUAGUGCUUCCAACAUUUAUUUUGGAGAAAAGAUCCCUGCUGGAGAUGUAUGCAAAUUUCAUGGCCCAUCCAGACCUGUUUUUGUCAAUUGCAGCUGGAGCCACUCCCGAGGAAAGAAUUAUCUGCUUUGUGGAGUAUUAUCUAACAGCUUUUCAUGAAGGCCGAAAGGGAGCAGUUGCCAAGAAGCCCUAUAACCCCAUAAUUGGUGAAACCUUUCACUGCUCGUGGGAUGUGCCUAAAGAUAAAGUGAAAGCAUUCAGAACUAAUGGUGCCUCCACGCUUUCUAAGGACUCAGCCAAGGAGCUUGGCCAGGACCAGUCCACGUGCUACAAGCUGAGGUUUGUAGCUGAACAAGUGUCUCAUCAUCCACCAGUAUCUUGCUUUUACUGUGAGUGCAAAGAGAAGAAAAUGUGUGUGAACGCUCACGUAUGGACCAAAAGCAAGUUCAUGGGCAUGUCAAUAGGUGUUUCUAUGGUAGGUGAAGGUGUUCUUCACUUGCUGGAGCAUGAAGAGGAGUAUGUCUUCACCCUGCCCAGUGCCUACGCUCGCUCAAUCCUUACCAUCCCGUGGGUGGAGCUUGGAGGGAAAGUCAACAUCAACUGUGCCAGAACGGGCUAUUCUGCCACGGUCACCUUCCACACCAAGCCCUUCUAUGGAGGGAAGGUCCACAGGGUUACAGCUGAAGUGAAGCACAAUCCAACGAACACCAUUGUGUGCAAGGCACAGGGAGAAUGGAAUGGCACCCUGGAGUUCACUUACAGCAAUGGAGACACCAAAGUGAUUGACACCACCAAACUGCCUGUUAUCAGGAAAAAGAUAAGGCCCACAGCAAACCAAGGGCCACUGGAAUCAAGGCGCCUGUGGCAGCACGUCACCAGCUCCCUGAAGGAGGGGAACAUCGAUGCCGCCACGGAGCACAAGCACCGCCUGGAAGAGAGACAGCGAGCAGAGGAGCGGCAGCGAGCGGCGCUCACAACUCCCUGGAAACCCAAAUACUUUGCCAAAGAGGGUGACGGCUGGCUGUACGUGAAUCCUCUCUGGAAGACCCAUUGACAGGAGAGAGCAGUUGCCUCAUAACUGUACCUGAAAGGCAUUAAAAUGAUACAGUAUGUAACUUCAGGAUAUCCUUGGAUAGGUCCUGUUCCCAGAAGAUCCCCACGGGAAGCUAUGUACUGUGAAUGAUGCAUCUCAAAAUAACCACGAGCUCGAGUUUAUUCAGGAGCCAUUUUGUGUGUGCAGAUCCACAGGCACACAGGCACACGUCCCUAAGUACCCACGGUGUGCAUGUGUUGUGUGUGUUAUUUACACUACAUGUAAACAGUACCAACACCAAUAGCGACUCCAAGACCUUUUCCUCCAAGUGUUAGGGCACAGAACCCUGGCUGGACUCGGCCGGGGUUCCCUGAGUUGUGUGCUUGCAGGAUCAGGCCCUGUGCUAGUAUUUAAGAAAAUACUUUUUUAUUAGUACUGGUUAAGGUUUUUCUAUUUUUCACUUUUGCCAAAAAUGUUUUGCACUUAAAACGUGACGUGUCUCUUACCGGCAGUCGAUCUGUCUGAAGUCAGCGAGUAACUCACUUUGACAUAAGAAUGAUCCACUGGCUGUGCUCGCUCUGGGUUGCCGAGUUCAGGGCGUGUUUCCUGUCACUGACGAGUGUGAAUUUCCUGCCACCCUGUAAGAAGUAGCAAUACCUUCUCCAGAAUGUUGUUCUUCACACUAACCCGUUGUGUCCUCGCUGCUUUGUCUGUUCAUCUCCAGCUGUUCAGUCGAUCUCUGGUCACCACCCCUGAGCCAGCUGCUCUGGUAACUUUGAUCUUGCUGUGUAAUGUUCUCUGGCUGCUGUCAUGCCAACACUUCUGGCUUACAUGUUCCACUAAAUGGGAUUGCUUCUGAUAAAACAUCUGGAUGAGUAGAGGUGAUAUAACUAGCCUUCCCAGAUAAAUGAUUCACUGAUGUAAAAGUAACAAUUUAUUAAACUAUUCCACUGAGACAAUAACUUAAUGAAUGAAGCAAAUGAAAUGGGAUACAAUUUGUUUUGUAGUGUUAAAAAGAAAAAUUAAAAAAUCCUGUCACUUGAUCUUGCUUUGUAAAGUACCCACUGUGAUACUGACAAAGUAGAUUCUAGAAGUGUGUUAAGGCUUUGUCACCUUUUAGUUUGUAUUUGUUGGAAAUGAAGAUAUUUUUGAGAGAGGUGGCAGCAAAAGGCAGGUGUAAAAUGUGCUCAGUGCUUCUUUCCACAGUGCCCCGUAACAAAACCACUGUAUUUCUAACACACAGUAGCAUGGAUGCCCAUCUGUAGAGCUGAGUAAUUUUGUGCCUUUUGUCUGCUUUGUUCAUACACUGACUUAUGCUUAUACUACAGAGAUAUCUAGGUCAAAGCACGGCUCACAUCUGUCCUUGUGUGUCCUGCAUUUUGUUUUUUUGGUAGAUGUUAAAAUCUCUUGAGCAGCUCAGAAGGCUGAGCGGAGGAGGUGUGUGCACAAGGAAACAUUCCAUUAGUUGUUCCUUUGGAUUUGAACUUCAGAUCUCUAUUUAAUGAAGGUGUGGCUACUUUUCCUCCUAAAUGUAUUUAGUCCUCGUGUGUCUUUUUUUUUUUUCUUUUCUCUUUUUUUGCACAUUAGAAAGAUUCAUGUUCUAAAUGAUUUAAAUCCUAUUUUUAAAAAAAAAGUGGAUUGUAUGAGCUUGGUUUUGUAACUGACACUUUUUUUUAAGAGGGAAAAAAACCAACUUAUUUUUUAGGAAUAGUUGAUGUAACAGUUUUCAGUAACAAAAUCAAAAUGAUGCUGUUGCAGUAAUCACUGAACUGCUACUGAGUAUCAUCAGGAACACUUGUACUUUAUCACCUGCAAGAAUUCACUUUAUAAUGGAUCCACUCUUGUUCUAGAGAUCAGUCUGAUAAGUACCUGAAAGUAUUCCUACAGUUUGUAGUAUCAUCACAAAGAACAAUGGAAAAAGCAGAGUUAAACCCAUGGAACAUCCUCCCAGAACUCUCUCACACACCAAAGAACAAGACACAUACUCACUAAAUAGCCAUUGCAAACCUCUGUGUCUCAGGCAUGCAGGCCUGGGCCCCUGAAGGAGUAGAGCUCUUUCAGCUGGGAUGGUGUGACUGUCAAGGCUACAGAGAUGCUGUAGCUGUUCUUUUGAGGAGAAAUUUGAAUAAUUUUCUGCUUGUAAUUUAUUGAAGAUUUUCUCUGUCUGCAUGGUUGGUUGUUUCUGCAUGCCGAGGACAUUCCACUUGUGCUCUGGCCAAUGUUUUCUUCCGUUCUGAUGCUAUGAAGAAUCCCCUGAUGCCAUUACCACUGCUUCUUUCCCAAAUUAACUUGGGAGACAUGAAAGUAAAAAGUCCUUUCAGAAAAGAUCCCAUCAGUGAGAGAUUCCAGAACAAGAUUCACAAGUGUCAUUUUAUUUUUCUGAUAGUAUGUGUUCAGUAUACUUUGCAGGACUGAAAAGUAAAUAUUCAUAAGCCUUAUUCUGUAGGUCGUUCCAAUAGCUGUCUUGGAAUUGCAAGUAAAUACUUUCCUUUUCAAGUAGCUGAUGUACACUGAAUUGUAAUGUACAAACUUCCAUGUACUUAAUUUUUUUUUUUUUGUGCACACCUGUAGAAAGCCUAUGCAACCUAUUUCUUUCUUAAAUUAGAAAUGUUCAGAAAGAAAAUUUAUACCUUUAUCAUUUAAAAGAUGCUCUGGCAGUCUCUUCUGAUUUGCCUUCCUUUCAUAAUUUGUGAAUUUAAAAUGAGAAUGCUCAUGAAUAAAAAUUUGUUUCAUUUAGUAGUGGAAUGCCCUUUCUCUUUCCAUGGAAGCCUUAGUUCAGUGGUGUCAGUCACUGACUGUUCAGGAGCUGUGUAUGACACCUGAGCAUGGUUCCCAUGGAAGUGAUGUGCUAGGUUCAUCCCGGUUUGGUGUGAAGCUUUUCCACCCUGCUUAUUCUCCCAGACACUCUGAAGGUAAGUUUUUUGGUUAAAUUGGAUAGCUCUACCCAGGGAAAACAGAGCUGGGCAGCAACAACAGCUUUAGGAAAGGCUGGGGAACAUCUGCUUCAUUUUGGCAAGUAAAAAGGAAAUAGGAAAAGGUGUAUCCUUGUUUCUGAAAAUCCCAUUUCAUUUAAUCUUUAUCACCAACAGAGAUUAUUGAUUAGAACCUCUUAAAACACAACUCUACAUUAUUGCAGCAUUGGACGCUUGCGUGAGGAGAAAAAAUGUUCUUAGAGGAAUCACACAGAUCGUGGUCAGCAUUUUUCAAGUGUUGGAUAAUGCCCUUCUGUUUUUCUUUAAACAUUCAUCCACAGUGCUGGAAACAAUCUUGCUGGAACACUUUGUUUUUAUGCAAAACGGAAAACAACACUGCCUGUAAAUAGGGCAGGAAACACUACCCAGCCCUGUUCCUUGCCUUCCAUGGCAUUGCUUCAAGGCCCCAUCUUGGAGCAGUUUAUCCACUCGGGUUAAAGAUGUGAGGGCGUUUCAGUCACAGCCAAAUAUUAUUUUUUUCAGUUUUUACUCCUGAUGGGACUGGUAUGUACCAGGGGCUCUGUCAAAGCAUUCAGAGGCUUUUUCAAGAGUAAAUCUAUCAAGAUACUUAAUUAACAACUUUUCUCCUUGUUAUGAAAUUACUUCUGCAAGUCAAAAUAUUUCUCCUGGGAUUACCAGCAGCACUGUCUGCCUCACUGCUCCCACCAGUAAUGAUUAAGAAAUGCAGAAGCUAUGCAGUAUUAUUGAGUUCUACACACUUGCAGCUUUAGUUCCUUAGCAACUGCUGACCUGAGCCUGGCUCACGUGUCUUUUGUUGUUUGGUUUUAUUGUUUUGGUGGGGGUUUCUAUUUUUUUUUUACUGUUUUGUGGCAAUUGUGCUUCAAAAUUUGACAUAGUAGAACGAAAAAAGGAAAAAAGAUGGCUGGAACUAAGGAAAUAAACUAGUCUGGGAAGUGUGUGUGAUGAAGAGGGAAGAUGCUGACAGUCUUUGCUGGUAGAAGGGCUGUUCAGUUCUCCCAGAGGCAGGAGGAAGUUUAGCUGUUUGAUUCCAGGAUCCAGCUGUAAGCAUACCCAGUGUGCAGAUUCCUGAGGAACCAAGGAAGGUGAGACAGUGCCAGUUCUUCUUUGUAAUGUUGCUUUUUCUAUGUGGAUGCCUCAAUGACUCCCAACUUUUUAUUUCAUUUUAACUGCAGAACAUUAGCAGAAUCCUUGAAGUCGUGUUAGAUUUAGGAAAAAAAUAAAGCUCAGGUAAGUAGCAGGCAACUUUAUGCCCAGGCUGGCUGUGAUCCCUGCAGUUGGCUUAUUUUUAUUUCACAUGCCUCAGAUUCACUUGUUUCUGCUGUUAAAGAGAACACUGCUGCCUAAGGCUGAAGUCAGUCUGUCCAAAUGUAAAGGUACCUGAAGAGGGGAGGGCAAUCUUGUAUUUCCUUUUUUAAAACAAGGCUGAGUUACUGCCAAGCCACAGACUGACUGGCAGCCUCUGUCCUGCUGCCUUUCAGGUGAUCUUCCAAAUGUUAGAUCCCUUAUUUCUCACCCAUGGUCAGGAUGCAGGCUGGCUUGGAAGCAGCACGACACUAGGAAUCGUGCAUCACCUCAUCAAUCAGCCCUCCUGCUGGUGGGUGAGCAGCUGUAGCAGCUCGAGGAGCUCCAGAUGCUGGAAGGAGUUGCUGCAAUGUGUGGUUGGGAAGGCAGGCUGCUCUUCCCUGGAAAUAUGACAACCACCUUCAUUUCAUCACAGCAGAGGCACUGGAUUUGGCUUAGUUUAAGCUGGAGGGAGUUAAGAAGAUGCUGUGGCUUCACUACAGCAGCAUGUUACCAAGUUAAUCACAACAAAACUGACACAACAGCCUUAACACAAAACUUGAAUUAACUUUAUUUUCCCCUACAGUUGACAACUGGUCUGCAUUGAGCUUUAAAGCAACAAAAUAAAAUGAAAUCUCCAAACGGCGGGGGCCAGAAAUCCAGAUUUAAUUACCUUUGUGAAAAUGUUGCAGCUGUAGUAUUGGUCUGUAUAAACCACUGGAGUCAAAAAUGAGUUCAUAAAUCAAAAAAAUAUUCUACACCUUGGGAAAGAAGUCAGCAGUAACAUUCUCACAGAACACUGUAAAUUUACAUUUUCUUCAUGAAAGGUACAUACUAUUCUGCAUUUUACAUCAAGUUAUUGAUGCAAGAUUUGUUUCUAUAAAAAGUUACAACCUGUGGCAGGAAAACAAACUGCAAAAAAACCCUUUCAUUUUAAUUAAAGAAAAAUUUCAAGUCUGUAUAAAGUUUCCUUAUAUCUGGAAAGUGAACACGUUCAGUCUCCAUUUAUAUUUUAGUGCAUUUAAUCUGACAGUUUUCACCACUUAAAGAAAACCCAAACCGAACCAGUAUAAAAGACAGACAAAGCAAAUAGCACUAGAGCAGGAAUUUCUUCAGGUGAUUUAAGCACUCCAAAUAAAAUGCAGAGAAACAGAUUUCCAGAAAAACUUCCACCCUUGCCCAGAAAGGCAGUGAAGGCUGAAGAGGUCUGCAAAUCUUCAACCUCUGAUAGCCACAGAAAAGGGGUUUGUAUACCUGUCAACCUUCUUUUCCCCAAUAAGCAGGCUAUACUUGUUUUACCAAUGUAAACAUUCACCUAAAAUAGUUUAAUUUCUUUUCUGAAGCACCAGCAGCUCCAUGGUGCUCAGUUGUAUGUUGUUAGAGCAUUCAUUACUGUCGUUUCAGAUCUUUCAGGAGGUUACAAAUUUAGCCCUUGUAUCUACAGUGUGCAAGAUUUGCCUUGUCUACCUUGUGAAAUGACAGUGUAAGGCAGCAAUACUGCAAUCCCGUGUUGAACAAAAGCAGCUUGUCCAAUUAAUCUGUCCUGUCACCUCUUGUGAAAACUGCAGCUUUGCUUCUUACACUCCAGCUCAAAACCAGCCUGCAGCAAGAGUAAAAGGACAUGGAAAGAAACCAUUGAAAAAUAAUCAUGGGAGUAACUAGUUUUGAAAGUUGAAUUUGAGAGAGCUCUGCCAUCUCUUUCUUGUUGAAAAAGAGUCAUUUUCAGAUGUCACCAUUCCAGUUUUCAUACUGCUGCUAUUCAGCUGAACAGUGUUCUCCAGAAAAGAUUGACAAUAAUGCAUGUGCCAAGGACCAAAUUACAGGGUUCUUUGGUAAAGUCAGUCCAAAUUUUCAACAGAUUUGAAGGAUAAUAUGUACCAAUAAAAAAAAUGCUGCUAGACUUGGAUAGCAGCUCUGUCUUGCUUCACAUUACAAAUCUAAAACAGCUGUUCUCAAUAAGCCAAUAUUUUUAAUCAGACAUUGCCUGAAAAUUUUGUACAAUAUUCUGGACCAAUGAUGGUUCUGUACCCUCAUGUUGCUGUGAAACAUGAUUUGAGCUAAAGGCAAAGACUGGUUAUCUCAAGGACAACUGCUUCGUAUUAGCAAUCAGAACAGUGUGUUUAAACUGUCUUCCUGUUGGGUCUCUUGCCUUUCUUUAAAAUUAGUUUAUUCUUAAUGUAGCCACGCUUCCUUUUGGAGGUCUAAAAAGAAAAACAGAACAACAGGUAUUAGUUAAUGAUUUAGUCUUGACCGCGGUUUAAUGAUGUGCAUUCAGUGCCUGAGCUUUAGACUGAUUUUAAAGAGCUUAAAUGCUAAACCCUCAACUAGGCAUUAUCCAGUUAUUAUUUUUAAUGCUGAGAUUGUUAAUUCCUGCAUGACAGUUGCUUUUGCACAAGAUGUGCUUUUGUAACCCUGUCUACUAGAUCUAUAGAAUUCUUUUCAAAGCAUGUGCUGAGGCAGAAUUAAUAAUUAACCAUCAUGAUAAAACUCUAAUAUGCCCAAAGAGCAAAACUGAUAUAAGUCUUAGUUUUGUUUGGAAAUAACUUCUUGCAUCUUUUGCGCUAUUUUAUUUUCUUUAAAGUUAGGUGGAAAUAUUUGCUCAAAGCAGCAUUUUUCAAAAGAAAAAAUCCUGAAUAAUCCCGUUUUAGUCUUCUAAACUCUGCUGUUGGUCUGUAGGUUGCUUAGUUAGCACUUCCUGCACAUUCCUUUAUCAGCCUGUUUUAGAUUUUUUUUUUUUUAAGGUAGUAAUGGGGGGAUCAUUAAUGUUGGUCAUGGGUAAAAUUAACUUCAAAUUUGUGUACAUAGUUUGUGGCAGGUAGAACUGUACAUUCAACACACCUGCCCAGAGGCAGCUCCCACACUUGCUGCACUUUGCUGUGCUGAGCAGCAGGCUCUAUUACUAUUUAAAAAAAUUUCAUUUAAUCAACAUGACACCAUCAACAUGAUUAUAAUAAAUUGAGACAGAUACAAACUAAUAUGUAAUAUUCAGAUACAUAUUGAAUCUCUGAGGUUCAGCAAUGUCAUUCCUAACAUUAUAGGAGAUGGACUGAAUUUCCAGUAAGGAAGCAACUGCUGAAAAACGGUGGCUACUAAGGAGCCUUUGGAACAUAUUUAAGAAAUACAUUCUAGUUUGGAGACCUGCCCCAUGCUCUCUCUGGUUCUCUGAUUUCUUAAGGGGAAGUACAGCCUGUUUGUUCUGCAGCCUUCAGAAGCUGUAUCAACUUCUAGACAGAAAAUUACACAUCCAAGGCUCAAGUGGGGUCAGUGCAUCUAUCACAGAUAAAUACAGCCUUGCUUGUCAUUUGAGAUCAAAAGUUACAAUGUUAAGUGUAUGACAGGCACAAUAAAGCUUAUCAUUUCAAGAUAUGUCUAGCUGCAGUGGCAACUCCCAAAUGCCUUAUUUUAUGUACUUCCCAUUGACUCACAGAAAUAAGCAUCUUUAACAUUCUCUACUUGCAGAGAAUGUUCUUUACUUGUAUUUCCAUGACACAGUUUAAGUCUACUGCCUAUACUAGUUUGUUAGACAGGGUUCUGCAGCUCCCUUUGCAACAUCGAUUUGAAUAUAUAGAAAACAGAUGUUGUGAAGGAGAGGGCUGCUAACAGUCUCCCCAGCUCCCCUAGGAACAGGCCUUUCUUAACAGGCUGAAGGAGGGCAGCACAACAAACACUUUAAAACCAUGAAGAUGACUUCAAGCAGUAAGCAGACAGACACUAAAGUUCCAUCAACAAAAGUUUCAUAUUUAAUUUAUUUCAUACAAAAUUGCCAUUUGUAAACUUCUAGGCAUCACUACUUUCAAACAAAGUCAGAAAGCAACUUCCACAUUUACUUAGUGAGCCAUAGUUACUGAAACAUGAAUUGAUGUACUUUAGAGAUUAUACUUCCAGUUACAUGAAGACUUAAGAGUUGUAACAGCCAGUGACACACUCUAUGUUGAGUUAGCAUUCUGCCUAAAAAAAAUCUAGCCUUGUGUCUUCACAUGCUUUUAAGUUAAGCAGACAGUAAAUUAACAAUUAUUACCAGCAGGCAGGUCUGAUAUUGGACACUAACAUGAACAGUAUCCAUAACAUUCUGGCUAGUGGAAAUAUAUAAUUCACCAGCUAUGUGAUUCACUGUUAAAAAUAAACUCCUGACCCCUUUCAGUUACUUCACUGGGAACCCACCUUCUUUGACAAAUACUUCUGUUUCGGUACAAUGUUGGUUACUCUAGGUUUAUGAUCCAGUGUCUCUCUGUUGUCUAGUUGUUUGACCUUGUAUAUUCUAACAAGCCAGUGCUCUGAGGUAAAGGCUUCCUCCAGAUGUUUAAAUUUAAUGUCUUUGUUGCCUAUCUCCGCAUUGCGUGUACGGUCGAAUCCUGGGGGUGUCCGAAAAUCCAGCUAUAAAAAUUAAAGUUCAUGUUAGUUUGAGACAAAACCCAGAGCACCAAUCACUGCAAACUGUGAAACUUCAUACUAUAAGGCAAUACUUUCAGCUGGCCCAUGUCAAAGGGCAACACUUUUCUUGCACUGGUUACUCUACUACACAGAAAAACCUUUGAGAUCCUGAGGGACAAAUUCAUUCUUACUCCUACUGCUGUCACAGGAGACAAUACUUGAUGUCUCAGCAAAACUACCUUGUCUGCGUUCAGAGAUGAAACAACUCAACAGCCUGUGGUGUUUUUUCAGCAGAGCUGCUGCCUUUGUGCUCUUGCCUAUACUGCAAUUAUUUGCACUUCCACGGUUUUCCAUAUAAUCCAGAAGUAGUUCACAGUUAUGAGUUAAAUUUGGCCCCACUGUGUUACAAGUAAAUCCACUGAAAAAAGAAUUCUUGUGCUAAUACGUCAGAAGGAAGGGCCCCUGGUGGGGGCAAAAAGGAAAGAAAAGGAAAGGAAAAAAACCCCAGGUUUAGCUCCAUCCAUGUGUUUGGUGCUCCCAAAGAGGAGUGACAACUGCUGCCCUUACUACAGACUGUACUACAUAGUGUAGUGUUCUGGAAAUCAUGUAGUUUCUGACAGACAUUAAACAGUUAAUAGUUCCACUUGCAUGUUGCUAUUACAACAAACAAAUCUAAAGCUCUCCACAAUGUCACAGUUGAUGCUUUAGUGAGCACACAGCACAGUGCAAUCAAAAUACUCAUCUGGGGCAAUGUGAAGGACACCAAAAAAUGAAGUACAAAUGUGGGUUAACAGCAGAAAUGCUUUUUGCUAAAGGUUAUAAACAGCAGACCAUAAUUGUCUGACACAUUGGAUGUGUUUUAAUUUGUAAAGCUCACUCUUACUGCAGAUUCUGCUACUAGAAGCAAUGCUUAAUUUAAAAGAUAGAAAAUACAUCCAAAUAAUAUUUGUUUUCUCACAUUUCAGUUAAGAUUCAGAAGAAGUUGUAGCACUAACCUGCAUCUCUCCAAAUCUGUAAUAGGACAUUUUAUACAUGAGGCAGUUCAGCAAAGUUGGAGAGCCUGCCUUGUCUACUCGGAAUUCUCCCUGAGGGGUAAAGUAAUCACUUUCCUUUAAAGAGAAAAGAAGAUACAAAGAGUCAAUGCAGAUGAAAAUCUUAAGGGAAUUUCUCAUUCCUUUCCCCACAGAAAGACACCUAAGAGUCUCAACUGGCUAUUACAGUUUAAAAGCUGAUUUAAGGUAACCUUAAAAUGAAAGAGAUGGUGCUCAUUAAAGGUGAAAUAAUUGCAAACUACCUGCUUGUAACCCAAACCCCAAUGGAUCAGUUUUCCUAGAUCUGUACUUUGUGCUGUUAGAAGUUCUGUCAUGUAAGUGGUUCUGGAAAAGUUACCUCAAAGUGUAAAAUUUAGUUGGGCGUCUAUUCUUCAGAAAAGUGACAAAGGUGUAUUGUUAAUGUAUGAGAUCUACAGGGCCACUAUAAACUUCAUAUAUUCUCCAUGUUUAAACAAACAAUUUCUGCCAUUUUCAUCUCGAGUACAAGAUGAAAGUAUGCACAUGGGCUACUCCCUUAAGCCUGUGCUCAAUAUCUAGGAGUUUUUGUUAGGCUUAAGAAAAUAUUACUACAGACUUCUGCAAUCUCAGAGGUGUUUGAACAGCUUAAAUUCUAUGUAAGUAAAUAUUAACACUUUCACUUGUCUCCUACUAUUACAGAGUCUGAAGAAAUUUGUAAUGCUGUUUAAACAGUCUAAACACUCCUACUUUUUGCAAGCAUGUGAUGAUGCACAGAUGGACAUACAGACAAGAAUUACAGAAAAAAAUCCUACUUUUAGUAUCAUGCAAAAACGUGAAAAGCUUUUGAGGUUACUGACCUUUCAGAAUCAAAAACAUUGAAAGAAACUGGGCUACAGGCCACUGCACUCCUACUAUUCUAGAAAAACAAUGCCAGCACAUGUUUCAAAUAAAAUGAUAAUUAAGUAGCAGAGAUUUCCCACCACUGUAGUGACCACUCCCAGACAAGUGAUAAUAUAAAUAAAAGGGUUUCUUUAAAAAAAAAAACAAACAGAAAGUAGAGGUUCCACUUACCCGUAUGUCUUUGGGAUGUUCCCCCUCUGCUAUUCUCACCAUCCACAAGAACUUAUUAAUAUCAUCACCAGAGUAGCCAAUCACACCACCAAAAAUAAUCAAAACAUAAUCCACAUCCAGGCUUCUCAUGAUCUCAUAUGCUGCAGACUCAUUUGACGACAUUGCCUUUCCCACCUGUAUCAUUGCAAAAAUAUGUUAAAUUUCUGCAUAGCUGCCUAUUGAACAGCUCCACAGAUCAAUACAGCCAGACCAAAGCCUAGGAAUCCUGUGCCACGUGCUCUAGGGUGGCCCUGCUUGAGCAGGGAAGUUGGACCAGUGACCCACGGCAUUCCCUUCCAGCCUGUGGUUCUGUGAUUCUCUAAUACCUGCUUGUCAUCCAAAGCCAACAUUUUCAUUCUAGAUAAAGAAAACCCAUUGUGAAUAUUUCGAACCGCAAAAGCUCAGCCUAAACUGAAAUACUUUCUCCUCUGUAAGAAGAAUGCAGCCUGUUGAAAUGAGUGUUUUGAGUAUGAAAUGUAGCAACAAGGGUUUUCCUUCUGCGGCACCUACACGUUUUUCAAGUCAUAACUGUAUUACCAUAAGCUUAAGUGUUGCAGAAAAUACCUAAUUACAAAUUAUUUUCAAAGCUUUAGACACAGCCCAAAGUGUACAAAUUAUCUGAAAUGUGAUUUCUUUUUUUUGUUUUGUUGAGCUCUGUCCUUCAUUAAUGAAGCAGCCAUUGUGCAUUGCACUAAGUAGCACACAGGCACUCUCAGCACUGAAUUCAAGGUAAAUCUACACAGAGAAAAUGUCAGAAUAAUAUUUUUUAGAGCUGUGUCCAGCACCUCUUGUAUCCUGGUCACUUCCCACACUUAAGAGAAUUUGGUCAGUAACUGGCAUGCAGUUCAGCAGUUUUGUUUGCUCUUGAAGCUCUUGUACUUAGGGCAUAGUAAGGUAUUGCUGUAGUCUAAGGCAGUAACUACAAUAUACAUAAUAUUGCAUCUGACUUGGUAACAUUCAGCUAAGAAUGUAAUUUGAGAGCACUAAGCUUAGGCAGCAAGCUGUCAUAAGACCAAGAACCUCAGCUUCUUGGCCAUUAUCCUAAUUAAUGUGAGGUUAUUUGCCAGAUUUCCGUCUCUGUGCAGGAGAAAAUCAUCUGGACACAUCUCCAGGGCAUGCCUCGUUUACAGCACAAAUGCAGGUAUUGGCCAAACACACAUUUAUUGCUUGGGUUUCCCUUUAUGGAGUCUUCAUUCCAAAAUGGAACUUGACAAUGCAGCACUCAUACUCGAGAGAAUUCUUUACUGAAAGCCAUUAUUGCCAGCUGCUGCAAUGUGUGUGGUUACUGUGCUUAGGCAACACAGAUGACUUCCACAGGCUCUAUUCACAUGAUGCACCUUGUCCUGCAAGGAACUGUGAGUAUGGAUGCAGUAUCUGCAUUUCUACCUCUUGUAGCAGAGGAAGGCACACAGGUAUCAGAGCUGAGUGUCCAUUAAAAUGCUGUCAGGUCAACACCCAAAUUACAAGUGCCUCAGAGUACAUGACAAUGCAUGUGGACUGACAUUAGACUGAUAUUAACACCAUCAGUGCAAUUUCUCAAGCUUGCUUCUAGCUGAAUGUGAGUUUCCUGCCCUGUAAAAGGUGUGGAUGUGUGAUCUCUGUUUCCCUGAUACACAUUUUUUGGGACUCUGCUCAAAGCACUGCAUCAUUAAUUUGUUGGCUUUGUACACUGCAUUUUGGCAGACUGGUCCACAGCUGUACUCACCACUGACCCAAGACAGAAAGAAUACAAGAAACUAUCCUAAUUAUCCUAAUUUCUUGAGCCCUUAUCCCAUUCUGCCCUUGUAGCAAAACAUUCUGGAAAGAAAUGUGAUUAAUGAGGAGUCAUUGCACAGCACAAGUUGCCCAAGGUGGUUCCCUGUAACCACAGGGAAUACUAACACCCUGCCUUAAGCACAUGUAUGAAGGUUAAACUUAGUCCUCAGAAUUGAAAGACAUUAAAGGUGCAGUCAUUUUGUCUAUCUGCAAAUUUGAGAAAACAGAAUUGGAUCAAGUCUGCUACACUUCCACAGCUAGUUAUAAAUAAUCUCUUCCUGUGAUUUCCCAGGUGUCUGAAAACUGUGGUCGGUUUUCACAUGCCAUUCAGAAAUCCACUCAGCAGUGACACUCCUGAAAUGCAAGGAUCCUUACUUUGAUAGGCCAGUAAUGCAGUGGUACCAGCUGUUACAGCAUUAAUCCCAAGGGGAAUGGUUACCUUAGGUUUUGUCUGUCCUCCCCCAAAGAAAAGAAGAGAAACUGAAGUGGAAGUGAAGUUUUGGAAGCUCCAAGUAAGAAAAAUGAAAACUGGAGCAAAAUUGAUCCCUAUACUUGUUUUAACAAAUGAAAGAAGUAGGUCCCUUCCACAUUUGUGUUUCUCACUCUGUGCAAUUUCUCCUUAAUAUCAAUCACCCUAAGAGGCAUCUGCAAUUUCAUACUGGACUGCAGUGUAAACAUUUUGGUGUUUCUGCUCCAUAGAGAACUGCCACCCUUACCAAGGCAAUGUGGCUGUUGUUCCAAGUGUUGUUAUCAACCAGGGUGGUCCUGUUGGCCAUUCCUGCUAUCUGAUACCCAUAGUCCCACCACGACAUCACCCUGGCAUGCUCGUCCGUGUUCUGUCUGAGCCAGUAAUAGGCUUCUCUGAAGUCAUCCAGGAUAUUCCGAGUGCUGCAAAACAGUUCACUUUAUUUGCAUCUGUACAAAUACUACCCACUAAUUAACUGCACCAUGGUAAGUCUGGAUUCACAAAUAAGGGUUCUCUUAAGAGUUCAGCUCCCUUUGAGGGAUUUUGUCACCAGCAGUCAUAAGUUUGAACUUUCUGACAGCUGAAUGUCCAAAAGCCAAACUGCUUUGAAGACAAGACUGCUUUUGAAGACAUGACUAAAUGCAUUUCAAGUCAAAUAUAUAUUCUUAAACAAGUUUUCCCACUUCACUCCAAGGCUUUUUUUAACCAUAAUUUUUAUUGGCUUUGGGUAGGAUUAUUUUUAUAUAUUUCAUUAAAUAUUUCAGAAAACAUUGUAUCUUUUUGAAAACUAGAGUAUGAAUAGUUUUUUAUUCAGGUCACACUUCCUUUAUAUAAUAAGGAGUGAUUUAAAGAAGGAAAAGCAAAUUGCUAAUGCAAUGGCAGUAAAAAAGGCUUUAAUCACUUCAGAGUGUAGACCUUACUUACCCAUCAUGGUUAUAGGAGGCGAGAACCACGCUGGGACUGGAGUAUGCAUUGCUGGUUACCCAGGUACAGUGAACAGCAAACAUCAUCAACAACAUCAGCAUCAGCAUAGUCACAAUGUUUUUGAUAUUGGGACCCAGCCCUUCUUCUGUUUUUUCCUGCUCAGACACAUGUUUCCUCACUUUGCCUGCCUAAACAAACACAAAUAUAUCUGUUAUGGCAACUUCUAUCAUCCCUGACAUUGGAACCCAAAUUUUCUAAUUCUUGCUUCCUCCCCUCACCUUAUCAUACAGGUUGCCAGGAUUCCUUUUGUCAUCCUCAUCACUGCUGUCUUCUAUUGGUGGAUUUUCCCUCUUCAUAUCAUCCCCCAAAUAACGCUCAAAGACAUUGGAGAAAGCAAUUGCUGACAGCAUACAGACCACUGGAGUCAAAGUGAGCAUCAGGCGGACCAUCACUCCAGCAAAGUAAACAGCGCUGAUUGCAUACAGAGCAAC